CUCUCCCUUCUCCAGUCUCAGGCAUGGCGUGAGUCGAUUCAGCGUUCACCAGUUCGGUCUGAUCACUCGCUGAAGGUUCCUUUUUUCUUUCUGUUUAUCUUGCAUCAUGGCGUGUUCGGUUGUACACCUGCGUAGUCAAUGUUGAGCCUGCUACCGGUUAAGCUCAUCUUGGAUACGUACUACCUUUGGGAUGAACAUUCGCGAUGACCACAUCGAAAGGUGUUGUCGCAAAGCCUAGUCAGAAGCCCGACUCCUUCGGCUCUAUCAACGAGAGAACGGUGGACGAUAUUUCCCUGGAUUUCUUCUACAAACCUCACACAAUUACGCUGCUAACCGUGUCUAUCGUUGUGCUGUUGUACUUCGCCUUCACACGAGAUGAUGCAAAUCUCGAACAGAAUAUGUGGAGCGGCAUCUGCUGCGUUGCAUUUUUCUUUCUCAUCAUCAGCGUCCUCGCCUUCCCAAAUGGUCCCUUCACUCGACCACACCCAGCUGUGUGGAGGAUAGUCUUUGGCCUAAGUGUGCUCUACCUUAUGGGUCUCCUAUUUCUGCUUUUCCAAAACUACACCACAAUCAAGAAUGUCAUGUACUGGUUCUACCCAAAGCUACAAAACUUCUCCAUAGACUUGGAAAAGGAGUAUGGUGUCAACUGCUCCGACAUUACCCUGGAGAAGUUGUGGGCCCACAUGGAUGUGUUUGCCUUUGGACACUUCUUUGGAUGGGCUAUGAAGGCUAUGCUGGUUAGGCAUUACGGCAUUUGCUGGACGAUAAGUGUCACUUGGGAGAUCACUGAGAUGGCUUUUGCACACCUGCUCCCCAACUUCAAGGAGUGCUGGUGGGAUGCCAUUGUGCUGGAUGUGCUUUUGUGCAACGGCUUGGGCAUCUGGUUUGGCAUGCGCAUCUGUGAAAAGCUUGAGAUGCGCAGCUACAAGUGGGAAAGCAUUAAGGACAUCCAAACGACAACAGGAAAGAUUCGAAGAGCACUGUUGCAGUUUACUCCUGCAAGCUGGACACACGUGCGCUGGAUGGACCCUGCCUGCACCUAUAUGCGGUUCUUGGCCGUCACAGAGCUAGUCAUUUUCUGGCAGGUAACAGAGUUGAACACAUUCUUCUUAAAGCACAUUUUUGAGGUGCCCCCAGACCACCCACUCAGUGUUGCAAGGUUAAUGCUCAUCGGCAUCAUUGUGGCUCCGACACUGAGGCAGUACUACAGCUAUGUGACGGACACAAGGUGCCGACGAGUGGGAACACAAUGCUGGGUAUUUGGUGCAAUCAUGCUAACGGAGGCCAUAAUCUGCAUAAAGUUUGGACUGGAGCUUUUUGCUCAAACACAGAUAGUGAACAUACUCCUCUGGGUGUUUCUUCAGUUUGUUAUGAGUGUCGCUUGUGUGUACGGAUGUGUUCUUUAUGCAAACUAUCGAGGAAAGUACCAUGACGGUGAAGAGGUUGCGGCAAUGGACACUUUCACACAGCCGUGCGACAGCAGUUCCACUGAUGCAGCCACGCCCGAUGCCGGCGAUGGCGUGUUGAAACCAGCAUUGCCCAAUGACCACACCGUGCAACGGCGCAAGGCAAAAGCAGGUGAAUGGAUCCCUGUGAAACCAGUGGCCUCUGAAUGGCCAGCCUGACGUUGCCUUUUAUGGCUUCUGUCGUUUCAUAACCAAAGAGAAUGUGCAUACAACGCACGUUGCCGAGACAGCUGAUCAGCUACAUUUGUUUGAACUGCUCAACUCAACCUCGGACACUUGCUUGAGAACUGUGACAGUUAUAGGCUUUACUUCUUUUCUGUUGAGACAGGCGUGCUUACACUGAGAGUGGGAGGUGACUGUAUGCGAGUAUGCAGUUAAGGGCUGCAAGGACUGCGGUGGACUGGUGUGUGAGUGCUAGACGUGGCUAUGCCCACUUCAGACAAAAGAGAAAAGGAGCCUAAGCCUUUUGUGAGAGGGCUGAAGGGCCAGAAAGCAUGAAAAUGUUCUUAUCACACUUUAGCUAAGCAAAACAUGUUGUAUGGCAGCCCUGUAAUAUAGCGUGAUGGGUCAAGCUAUAAAAGUUUUGCCGAUGUAGUAUAGUCUGUCCUUUUUUGUUAUUGUUGCAGCUUUGCUUUUGUUACACUUAGGAGAGUGAACAACUAACUUGGCUCUCCAUGUACAGCUUGAACUGCUUUGCAUUCGUCAGUCGCCACAAAGUGGUUGAGAUCGGCAGUGUAGAAAAUCUGUGUUCUUGUGUGUUGUAUUGUUGUGCGAUGGGAUUAGUGUAAUUGUCAAAAUGUGUUUUCUGCUUGUGAUGUAGUAGAGCGCAUAUCACAUUCUGUCUGGGGGGGGGGGGGGGGGGUGCCUUGAAGAAGAAAGGAAACAUCCAGAAAUGGUAACAUUCCAUUGAGGAUAUCAGUUGCAUAUGGGGUGGAAAGAAGAGGGUAGCCAUGGGAGCCACAUAAACAAACUUCUUCAGCAGUUGAGACCAGCUUAUGUUUGGAUGUGAUGAAUUUUCUGGUGUAAACUGCUCACUUAGAUGAACCAUUCACUGAAUACAUCAACACCUUGCAUGUGCUAUGAUGGGGUAGUCUUCGUUAAGCCCCCUGGGGCUUCGACUUUCUUGCUAAAGAAAGCUGUCCUUGAUUGACUGCAGUUAACUUGAAUGGGAUUUUAGCUGUCUGCUUUCAUUCAUGAAAUGUUACACUAUAGUAAAAGAUUGUCGAUUAGCUUAGAUGCACUAAUUGGAUUGCACACACCCAACAAAAAUAAUACUAGAAUAUCCAGCUAGUGCUUUGCUGCUUUGAAGUCAAACCUGGUUUCUGCAUCAUGAAAACCUAACAACAAAUCUUCAUUUCUAGAAAAAGUGAUUUCAGAAAACGUACAAAAAAAAAGCUUGGUUGAAACAACUGGCACUGGGGUAGGACUCCAUGUUCAUUGAAGCACUAUGAUGAUGUUGCUCAGGAAAUGGUUCACUAUACGUCUUGCCGAAAGGAUGGCAAAUCUGUGAUUUUGGGACAUUUUAUAGCACGAGCAUGCCCAAGUCCCCAAGGGCCUGUGCCAAAGCUUAGGUAUUUCUUUUAAUUACAUGUUACCUGAAAUAUAGAGCUUAACAAGUAGGCAUACAUUUGGGACGGCUGUGAUUAGUAAGCAUCAGCAAUAGUAAUCAAGUAAUUUAACUAUUUUCUUUCUGAAAUGUAAGAUUUCAAGCCGAUAUUUGCAGCUUCCUCAUGCUGCUAUGUAAGAAACGGUAAUAAAAUGUGUGCUUCACUGUAAGUAAAUGCUGAACGCUAAGUUGAACCACAUGCUAAAGCUUAUUUAAAAGUGUGUUGGCAAAGUAGGGCAUACAAAUAAUGAUUUAAGCGUACCAUGUAAAAAAACAAGUCGGAAGAUAGGUUGGUGUGUCGUCAUGCUGCUUUUGAUAUUGUCUCAUGAAUAUCGUUUCAAGACCGCUGUGAGUAAUGAUUUACACACAAUUUUGCAUGAUGUGGCUCGUACCAUGACUGCUGUUGCUUCGUAACUGUCUGUCUUUGGAGUGCAGAUGCAUUUGUAGAUAAAGAAAAUGAAAAAAAAGUGCCAUUCUUGAAUCAUUAGAUGUAUUGAUUAUGAUGGGAACAUGAAACGUGUUCUAAAAGGGAAGUUCCAGUGCCCGAAAUGGCUUGUAGGCCUCCUUUACUAAAUUAAGCAUGAUUACCACUGGUCCCCGAUGUCCACAGGAGCUUUAACAUCCAACCUGAGAAGAAUUAAGAAAUGUGUUUGAGUUCCUGCCUUGUUUUUUAUAUGGCUGUUCCACCACUAUGGUCGGUGACUAGCUGAUCAUAAAGUAGUUUGGCAGCAGCAGUCCCAUUUGAACUUCGACAAUUUUUCGUACACACAUUUCAGCCUACAUCGAAGAAAAGUGAGAAAUAACAAUUCAUCGUCGCUUGGCCUGUGCUUCCUUUCUCUUUAUGCCUCUGAUGUAAAACCUCUGCCUUUGAGCGCAGACAUGUGAGCAGACACCAUUUGUUCAUUUAGAUUUUUGCGCAGCUCGUUUGGUGAAUAUUUUGCCUCCCAUGCUACAUCAUGUCUGGGGUGGUAUGUCAAUGUUAAAAUUCAUUACCCUUAUGUACCAGUGACUAAAUGCAUUGUCAGAUGGGGUAAACUUUAUUUGCCCAAAUAUGAAGCACUGCGGGUACUCUCGACUCCCGAUGUAGUACCAACGGCCUUCUAGAAUGCCUUUGUCAUGUUUACAUCGUUACCACUUGAUGUCUCAACAGAGCUGCUACUGGCCAUGAUAACAUCUUGCUGGUGGACUCGUGUGCACACUGUCACUUGCGACAUACUCGUCAUCAAACCUUUACUUUCUCAAGUUCUGCUGGAUUAUUUAUGUCUGGUCAGUGGUAGUAGUGUCUUUCAUAUUUUAGAAAGCUGAACAGCAGUGCUGCUCUCUGGAAGUUAUGUGGAGUUCUCAAGGAAUCUGACAGCUGUUCAUGCUUUCAUCACUAGUUGUUUUGUUCUUUUUUUUUCCUUGUUUUUUUUCUCAUUGAUAUGUUCAAGAUUGAAAAUGAUGCAGAUGCUUUCUUUUUAAAGAACAAAUAAAAGUUAUUUAUCUGA